AUGCUAGCUCCAAUAAGAGUUUCAAAGAAUGCCUUGGUAGGCAGCCGUUUUAUGCUGCAAAGGACAGCACUUUUUACCCUUAAUUCACGGAGAACACCCACAUUGAUUAGAAAAUAUGCCAGUGCAUCCAAACAAACUUCAACACAAUCCCAGUUAAGGUCUACAGGAUCAAAAGUCACGCCAGAAAAACCUGUUUCUGAUACUGAAAGGCUUGAAAGAGGACUUGCUCGGUUUUGGGAAAAAGUAUCAUGCGAAGAGACACCUAAUGUCUAUAAAAUUAUGAUUGAUGGGAAGACAAUUAAAACACCAUUGGGAUUCAAGUUAGAGAUUCCAAAAGAAAAGCAGAGUUUAGCAUAUUUGUUGACAAACGAAUGGAAAUCGCUACCAUCACUUCACGUAAGGCCAUACAUUCUCACAUUAACUUCAUUAAGUUGUAGAGCAAUUGAUUUGGCAAAAUCAAACGGUGACGAGGAUGCUAAGGCAAAGAUAGGUGAUCCCGAAACUAUUAAAACUUUGCUACUGAAAUAUCUAGAUACAGAUACAUUAUUAGUCUUUUCACCAGUAAAGGAUUGUGAGGGGGAACUAAGAAAAGAGCAGCAAAAGUUAUAUUAUCCUUUGAAGAAAGAAAUGGAAGAAUUCUUUACACAGUAUUCCAAAGAUGGGCAAAAUAUUGUUUUAAAGGAAUUGGACACUGAAGUCUCCGGAUUGGUAGGAAACAAACAAUCGGAAGAGACAAGAAAUGCGGUGAAGAAAUUUUUGGAUUCUUUGGAUACAUGGGAACUUGUAGCUUUAGAGAGAACAACCUUAACAUGCAAAUCAUUAUUGUGUGGAGUUGCUGUUGUGCGAAAGAACAGACCAGAUGAUCAAUUUGAUUAUUCUUUGGAUGAUUUAGCAAGGGCUGCUACUUUGGAAACCGUUAUGCAGACGAAGAGAUGGGGUGAAGUUGAAGAUACCCACGAUGUUGAGAAGGUUGAUGUUCGAAGAGUUUUGUCGGCUUCGUCUCUUCUCUGCUUUAGAAAGCCUAAUGAUGCUUAG